GUCAUCGCCGCGUGCGGCAGCAAUGGCGGCGGCGGGAGUGGCGCCGGUCCGGGAGCGGUUUGUCACCUCCAAAGAGCAGUUCCAUGCCUACCUGAGGGCCAAUGGAGAGCUUGGUGGCCAAGGAGGUGACAGGGAGGAGGAGAAGGAGGCCAGCAGCGAGCAGAACGAGCCCCCUGCCAAGCGGGGGAGGUUGGAUGUGCAGGGCCAGGAUGGAGAAAGCCCAGGGGAGCCCGAGGAUGGGGAGAAGGAAUCCAGGGAUGGGGAGAAGGAGCCCGAAGACGGAGAGAAGGAGCCUGUGGAGCGCAAACGAGCCCGAGGGCAGAACAAGAGCAGACCCUGCAUGAAGCCCAACCACUAUGAGAAGAGCCGGUUAUGUCCAUCAGUCACUCAGGGCUGUGCAGACAAAUGCUACUUUGGCCCACGGUGCCGCUUCCUUCACGAUGUCGGCGAGUACAUGGCAGCAAAACCAGCCGACCUGGGGCCCAGCUGUGUGCUCUUUGAAACCUUUGGCAAGUGUCCUUAUGGCAUCACUUGUCGCUUUGCCAAGGCCCACCUCGGGGAUGGAUACCAGAACGUGGUCAACACGGAGCUGGCCAAGCAGUGGGAGGGGAAAUCGCUGGUGAGGAACAACCUCUCCAAGGACCUCCAGCACCAGCUGCGCAAGAAGAAAUUCACCUUUAAGAAAGCUGAUGAGUAUCUCUGCAGCCUGGCCAAGCCCCACCACGAGGACAGGAAAGGAGGCAAAGCCUUGGGGUGCUCUGCAGAGGCUGAGGAAGUGUCCAACUGCAUGACGCCUGAGGAUGGCCUGGGAGAUCCCUCACAUUGUCCUGUGCUACCUGAGGGAGGAGAUUCCAAACCAGCUCCUGUGCAGAGUCCUCAGCCCACAGAAAGCAGGGGGGGGUGCCCCACCAAAACAGCAGGUCCAGUGACAGAUGAAGACAUUGUAAAGCUGAGGUCAUGUGAGAAGAAGAAGUUGGAAAUCCAAGGCAAGCUCUACUUGGCUCCACUGACCACGUGUGGUAACCUCCCUUUCAGAAGGAUCUGCAAACGCUUUGGGGCAGAUGUCACCUGUGGAGAGAUGGCUGUGUGCACAAACCUGCUUCAGGGCCAGUCCUCCGAGUGGGCUCUCCUCAAACGACACCACACCGAGGAUAUUUUUGGGGUGCAGCUGGAGGGAGCAUUUCCAGACACGAUGACCAAAUGUGCAGAGCUCCUGAACCAAACGAUUGAUGUGGACUUUGUAGACAUCAAUGUUGGCUGUCCUAUCGACCUGGUCUACAAGAAGGGUGGAGGCUGUGCUCUGAUGACUCGAUCUAACAAAUUUGAGCAGAUUGUCCGAGGGAUGAACUCGGUGCUGGACGUCCCACUGACUGUGAAGAUACGGACAGGGGUGCAAGAAAAGAUGAACGUGGCCCAUAAAAUAAUCCCCAAGAUCCGGGAGUGGGGAGCAUCCAUGGUCACGCUGCACGGCCGGUCCAGGGAGCAGAGGUACACAAGAGUUGCUGACUGGGACUACAUAGCAGAAUGUGCUAAAAUAGCAAGCCCCAUGCCUCUUUUUGGAAACGGUGAUAUUUUGUCUUACGAAGAUGCUGAUCAAGCCAUGCAGACCGGCGUCUCAGGAAUUAUGAUUGCAAGGGGAGCACUCAUCAAACCGUGGCUUUUCACUGAAAUCAAGGAGCAGAGACACUGGGACAUCUCCUCCAGUGAGAGAUUUGAUAUCCUCAAAGACUUCACCAACUACGGCCUGGAGCACUGGGGGUCAGAUACUCAGGGUGUGGAGAAGACCAGGAAGUUUCUGCUGGAAUGGCUCUCGUUCCUGUGCAGUGUUUGUGUUUUGCUGCAGGUAUAUUCCAGUCGGGUUAUUGGAGCGCCUGCCUCAGAAGAUCAACGAGCGGCCGCCUUACUACAUAGGGAGAGACUAUCUGGAGACACUGAUGGCAAGCCAGAACGUGGAUGAUUGGAUUAAAAUCAGCGAGCUGCUCCUGGGACCUGUACCCACCAACUUCACCUUCCUGCCCAAGCACAAGGCCAAUUCCUACAGAUAGGAGCAGUGCAGCCCUUUCCUGCAGCAUCGAGUGCAGGGGAGGCAG